AUGGCGGAUUCAGGAGAAGCCUCUCCGUCAAACGCGGUAAUGAUUAAAGAUGGUAGUUCGUUCUCCCAGUUUCAGUGUCCUAUCUUAAAGUCUACAAACUAUACGGUAUGGGUAAUCCGUAUAAAAAUCAUUUUGAGGGCAAACGGAUUAUGGGAAAUGAUAGAACCAAAAGAAAAUACGCAAGCGGAUGAAAAGAAGGAUAUGAUGGCGACCGCUUACUUAUAUCAAGCACUACCGGAAGAUAUGAUAAUACAAGUUGCAAGUUGCAAGAGUGCAAAAGAAAUUUGGGAUGCAUUUAAGACAAGACACGUCGGUGCAGAUCGAGUGCAAAAGGCACGUCUUCAAACGCUCAAAACAGAGUUUGAGAUGUUAAAAAUGAAGGAGGAAGACACUAUCGAUUCGUUCACUGCAAGACUAAAUAGUAUUGUCACGAGGGCAAGUGGUCUUGGAUCAACUUUUGAUCAACCUACUUUAGUACGAAAACUUCUGAGUUCUGUACCGAGAAGGUUCGUUCAAAUUGUUGCAAUCAUUGAACAAUUCGCUGAUUUAGAAACAACGACGCUAGAGGAGACAAUUGGAAGGUUGAAAGCCUAUGAAGAAAGGACCGGAUUGGUGGAUGAAAACCCGGUAUAUAAUCAAGAAAAACUUAUGUAUACGCGACGCGACAAGAACUAUGGUCGUGGAAAGCGUUUUAGGAACAAUGGACAAGGAAGGUUCAAUUCAUCACAAGGCAAGUGGCGUGAUGGAAAGUUCAGACAAGAAGAAGAUGAGGAAGAUCCUUCACAUGAUAACUAUGGACAACAAAGAAGGGAAGAGAAUUCCCCACAGAAUGCUUACAAGAAUAGAAGCAACCAAAGGAAGUUUGGGAAGGACUUAAGCAAGAUUAAAUGCUAUAAUUGCCAAAAGUUUGGUCAUUAUGCCUCAGAUUGUCCUGAAUCAAAUCAAAGAGGAGAAGAAUCAAAUCUGGUGCAGGAAGACGGGGAACCAACUCUCCUAAUGGCAAUCAAAGAAGACUGCAAUGAUCUACUACAACAAGCUCAUGAUAAAAAUGGAGAAGCGCAGGAUGACAAGCAAGACAUGGAGAAAGAUCAAGGUGCAACUUAA